CAUACAGGAAGUGGUUUGGCGGAAGUUGUGUGACGUCACCGCUGAACUUUGAUUUUCACUGCACGAUCGCUGCUAGUUAGCUAAAAUAUUUCAAAUAUACUUUGUUUGUUUUAUCAUUGUUAAUUAUUAUACAUCAUAUUUAGUGCAACUUGAGAUUUUACUGAUUUAAAGAGCGAAACAACACAAUUUCAUCCUUCCUCGUCUCAGCGUCACUUUGAAACGUGUCAUGCUAGCUUAGCUUGCUAGCUGCUAACAAAGAGACGAAGUGAUCGACACGUUGCUAAAGUGUUGUGAUUGUGUGAAAAUGUGCAAAGUAGAAAUGCUGAGAGUGUUGGUGAAGCAGCGACUAACUGCUGCUGUGGAAGAAAUAUUUGUAGUGUUAGAAAGAACCAUAGCAGAAUACGAGGAGGAACUUUCUAGAAGAAAAGAGGAGAACGAGCGACAACGUCAACUACUGGACGCUCUUUUCAACAAACAUCAACACACAGACGUCAGCGAAAAACAUCUCCCGCAGGAGCAGGAUUGGAUCUCCAUGGUGGAACAAGAGGAUCCACAGACCCCUCACAUUAAAGAGGAAGAGGAGGAACACACUAUCAGUCAGGUGGGAGAGCACCUUGAAGGACUGCAUGAGUUCCCAGUGGUUGAUGUCCCUGUGAAGAGUGAAGAAGAUGAGGUCAAAGGUGAAAGUGAGGCGGAGAGACCAAGCAGCAGCUCAACUCAACACAUGACAACAGAAGGUGAGGGAGACCACUGUGGAGGAUCACAAGCAGACAAGGUCUUAGCUCCACUGUCAGAUAGUGACCACACAACCUCACACUCUUCUGACACUGAUGAGCAAGACUCUAAAGCUGAUAACUCUGAAAACUUCAAAUGCUCUCAGUGCGACAAAACGUUUAGUCACAGUCGUACUCUGAAAAAACACAUGAGAAGUCACACUGGACAGAAACCACAUUCCUGUUCAGUGUGCGACACACAUUAUAGUCACCACUCGGCACUGGUUCAACACAUGAGCGGACAUGCUGGGGAGAAACCUUUCACCUGCUCAGUUUGUGGUAAAACCUUCCUUUCGAAGAGGUCACUGACAGAACACAUAAGAACACACACUGGAGAGAAACCCUUUACGUGCCAAGUUUGUGGUAAAGAAUUCCAUUUAAAGAGGUCUUGGAAAGAACAUGCAAGGACACACACUGGUGAGAAGCCCUAUCAAUGCUCGACGUGUGAUAAACACUUCUCUCAAAGGUCACAUCUGCAAAUACACAUGCGAACACACACUGGAGAGAGACCUUUCACCUGCUCAGUUUGCGGGAAAGGUUUCUUCGUGAAGGGGGCUUUGGCAGAACACACAAGAACACACACUGGUGAAAAACCGUAUUCGUGUUCAGUGUGCGACUUGCAUUUUCGUCACCACUCCGGACUGACUCGACACAUGAGGAAACACACUGACGAGAGACCUUUUAUCUGCUCAGUGUGUGGUCAAGCUUUUCUUUCCAUGGAGUCCUUGACAGAACACACGAGAACGCACAAUGGGGAGAAACCUUUUGCCUGCUCAGUUUGUGGUAAAACUUUCCUUUUAAAGAGCUCUUUGUCAGAACACAUAAGAACACACACUGGAGGGAUGCUGUUCACGUGCCAAGUGUGUGGUAAAGAAUUCCAUUUGAAGAGGUCUUUGACAGAACAUGCAAGGACACACACUGGUGAGAAACCUUAUAAAUGUCCUAAUUGUGACAAACAUUUCUCUCAAAGGUCACGUUUGCAAACUCACAUACGAACGCACACCGAUGAGAAACCUUUCACCUGCUCAGUAUGCGGUAAAGGUUUCUUUGCGAAGGCGGCUUUGGCGGAACACACCAGAACACACACUGGUGAAAAACCGUUUUCGUGUUCAGUGUGCGACUCACAAUUUCGUCACCAUUCAGCGCUGACUCGACACAUGAGGAGACACACUGACGAGAGACCUUCUAUCUGCUCAGUGUGUGGUCAAGCCUUUCUUUCCAUGGAGUCUUUGAUAGUCCACACGAGAACGCACAGUGGGCAGAAAGCUUUUGUCUGCUCAGUCUGAGCUCAAAGUUUCUCUGUGAAAGCAAAUUUGAGGUCCCACAUGAGAAUAAGGCGGCAAAUUGAAGCCAGACAGUUCUAUAAAUGUUAGGGGUGUAACUGUACGUGUAUUUGUAUUGAACCGUUUCGGUACGGGGGUUUCGGUUCGGUACGAGUGUGUAUCGAGUGAGUUUGUAACCUAAAGUCUUAACAAGUUGCUCUGCUUUCUGCCUCUGUCUGAGCAGUGAGCACCCAGCAUUGUCCCGCCCACACAACCAUUUGAUUGGUUACAUACAAAGCCAGUCAGCUGUGCGUAUUCAGAAAGCAUGGAGUCAGUGCUCCGGCGUCGAGAUGAGCAGAUAUGUGUUUAGAAGGUGAGCUGCGGACAUCGUACACUCCCCAAAUCAUAAAAAACACUUCCCAGUCACAACUACUACAAAAAUCACUAUGAGCCCGUUGACCUUCUAGAAACUUAAACUGCAGCUCAGCUCACUCAUAGUUGAGGUGAAGGCUAAUUAGCUUUUAGUGUUACGUUAGCUCAUUUUGCUGUGUGUGUGUGUGUGCAUAAUAAUAGUCAACUACAGAUUUCCCAAAUGCUGUAAUAAAUGAAGCAUGAUGAGUUGACUUGAGACUGUUUAAUGUUGCACUUUUUAUAUGUAGAAGAAAAGUUGCUGUCACGCCUGUACAUCUGGUUUUAUGUUUGAUCAUGUUUUGUUUUGUUUUCUGGACUCUUGUUCUGUCUUUUCACUUCCUGGUUUGUUUUUGUUACCAUGACAACUCAUCGAUGUUCACCUUGCCCUCCUAGUCACGCCCCUGCCCUCAGUCCCGCACCUGUUCCUAAUCAUCACAGCCACUACUUCAGUUAUUUUCUUCCUGUCCAUCAUUCUGGGAACAUGAACUUUCAUUGCCUUUCAUACUUCAUGCCAGGCUUUUUUGAUUCAUCCACGCCAAGUAAGUGUUUGUUUGUAUUAUGUCUUUGAUAGUAUCUUUUGUUUGUUUGUAGAUAGUGUUGCCAUUGUGCUGUUUUUGUUCUAACUUUUACUAUAUAUUAAUAUCCGCCAUCGAGCGCGCUUUUUGUUUUGCCUUUUUUUUUGUAUUUUGAGUAUUAAUAAAUACAAACAUGUACCUUAAUUCACGCCUGGCUCGUCUUGUAUCCUCUCUGCAUCGAAGAAGCACAAAUAACCACAGUCUAGGCGUGAAAAGUUGUGUCAUUUUACUUCAUCUGAGCAACAACUUGAGGCAUUUAAUGUGGAUUAACGUGGGCAGAAUUAUUACAGUGUUCCCAAUGUUAAAUUUGUUUACAAAUUUGGUAAAUAAAUAACCAAAAAAAUGUAUACUUUGUUGUUUUCUUACUGUACCGAAAAUGAACCGAACCGUGACCUCCAAACCGAGGUAUGUUUGUGUACCGUUACACCCCUGAUAAAUGUGGUUUUAUAUGAUGGGUUAUGAUGUAAUAUCAGGUUUUAUCAAUCUAACUUCUCCAUGACAAGUUUCAUGCUAUUGUUGUCUUCAUUAGCAAGAAACAAAAUCUGCUAAUUUGUACUGUUUUACCUGAAAAUAAUCACUGGCCAAUUAUGGACGGAUAAACAAAGUUCUGUAAUAUAAAGAAGCACAUUAACUAGUAUUAUAUUUUUUAAACAUGUAGUUGGAGUUACUCCAGUAUUUGCUUGUUUCGCUAUGUUUUGUAAUAUAAAGCAAUGACAUCCAGUCUAUUAA